AUGGCUCGCGUGAGACCGGGAAUACCAACAUCUCUUGGAGCUUUCUGUAUUGCUGACUACAAGUAUGGGUCAAGUCCAAAGCUCUGGGGCUUCCCGAAUUACGAACUGAAUGCUCUGAGCCCCAUUGAUUUUAAGGGUGGAAGUGAAGAGGAUCGGACAAGGAAAUGGCAUUACAAGAAGCCUAAUAAAUACCAAUUUGGACAAUAUUAUCAAUCUAAUCAUUACGGAGGGCAUCACCAUGCCAAUCAACUAUCAAUCUUCAGCAAACCGCCAACACCUUCCACGAAAAAGCCAUUUGAAAUUAAGAGAAUAAUCUCCGCUUUUCACAUCACAGUGGAUGAAAAAUGCAAUAGAGUUUUCUUCAUGGACAACGGGAGGUUGCAAUACUAUCAGAAUACAACGUAUCCCAUCCAGAAGCCUGCUCUUUGGAUCAUUGAUCUCCCUGCAAAUGGAUGUGAAUCCCGAAACUUUCAAAUUAAUCGUAGAGCUGAACUUCCAGAUAGAAUUACUGCACGAGGAUCAAAUGGAUUUAUGACUGUAACGCCGGAUUAUCAGGCAGGGGAUUCCUGUGAGGAUCUCUUCUUGUACAUUACAAACGCCUUCUACAGCUACUUAACAGUGUAUGACUACAGAAAGGAUAAAUUCUGGGCAUUUGAUCAUGAAACUUUCCACGCAGUUGAAGCAGAGUCAUAUUUGAUCUUCGACAAAACCCUGCACUAUUACUUUCCUUUGGGACUAUUCAACUUAGCUCUUGGUUAUCCUGAUGCAAAUGGCGAUCGUACAGCUUAUUACGCCCCUAUGGGAGGAACCGGCCAAUUUGCAGUUUCAACAAAAAUCCUCAAAGAUAGCCGAAAGUCCCCGCAAAACUUCAAUCAGGACGAUUUCAGAAUUGUCGGAUAUCGUGGUUGUGACCAUCAGGUGGUCACAAUGGCGAUCGAUUACACAUACGGGGUGAUGUUUUUCACGGAAAUACAAUCCUACCAAGUUCGCUGUUGGAACAUCAACCAACCACUCAAUCCUGACAACAUACACGUUGUCUAUGAAUCCAAAAAGAUGCUUUUCGGUUUGAUGCUACAAAUUGACUCAAGAGGAUAUCUGUGGUUCCAUACAGAUCAUAUUCCUGUUGACUACACCACUGACUAUCCUCUCGAUCUCAAUGAAGUUAACUCAAGGAUUUUCCGAGUGAAAGUUUCUGAUGCUAUUCAAGGAACAGCCUGUGAAGGCAGAGAUUCUUACAGAAUUCACGAUUUAUACAAUGAUUAUGAGCAUUAA